UUUUUUCUAAAAAUUACAAUCUUGGAAUUUGAGUUUUGUUUAAAUUAAGCACUAUUUCUCAAAAAAAGUGAAAGAAAAUUUGGAAAAAAAAUUCCAAUGGCCAAACGGGCCUAAACGAAUCGGAUGCGCACAUAACUAAGUGCGGAGAGGUUAAAAAAAUCGCGUCUUUCAAACGCUGUGUGUUUCUUUUCUUCUCCUUUUCCAUUAUCAUUUUCCGUUUUGCUGCAACUGAAAUUCGUUAAUUCCCAGAGAAAAGAUGGCUGACCCAGAGUUGGAAGCUAUCAGGCAAAGGAGAAUGCAGGAGCUCAUGGCUCAACAAGGCGCGGGAACCCAGCAAAACAAUGACCAGCAGAAAGCCCAGGAUGAUGCUAAAAGGGAGGCUGAUGAGCGAAGGCAAAUGAUGCUUACUCAGCUUCUGACUCCUGAAGCAAGGGCCAGAGUUGCUCGAAUUGCUCUUGUGAAGCCUGACAAGGCCAGAGGAGUGGAAGAUGUUAUAAUCCGAGCUGCUCAAUAUGGUCAGAUCACGGAAAAGGUUUCUGAGCAGAAACUUAUAGAAUUACUUGAACAAAUCAACACCCAAACUACUAAGCAGACAAAAGUAACAAUCCAGAGGCGUCGCAAUGUUCUUGAGGAUGACGAUUGAAUGAUUCGACAUAUGCCAGGCGUUAUAAUAUAGUGCGUUAUUUGUAAUUUGUAUGAGACUUGAUUGCGAUGUGUACUGUAUACUCACCAACUUUGUCAAACUCUUGAAUGGGUAGGGGUGACCAUCGACUGGUUUGAUACACACUGGAAAGAAUUUGAUUUCGAUUUCGAAAAUAUUUUACCAAUAUCAUAUCGAAUUUAGAAUA